GGAGGGGUUGGAUCGUAGACUUGGGUGGAUCUAUUGUUGUUGUUGACCUCAUGGCGAGUCUGGGUCGUGUCUGGGGAGCCAGCUUAGGGCAACGGCAGUCACCUGGCACUCUUCACGAUGCGUUCUCCGGGCUUCCCCCAACGACGAGGGUUACAUCAAGCAACGACUGGAUGUCGUUAGUCAUCGGAAUGGCCCAAGAAUCGACGCAGAGUCUGAUUGGCGACGGCUGACGCUAGGAAUGAGUCGCCCGACGUCUCCGCCCGCAGUCGAGGGGGUCUGUCGUGUCCACUUCACGUCGCAAACCAUGGAGCCCCCCGAAUCGCUGGUUGAUAUCGGAUCCCACCGUCUUUUUCUCUCCCUGCAGGGCACCCCACGGGCUCUCGGCAGCCCGCUGGUUGUCUUUCUGGCGGGCGCCGGCGACGUGUGCGUUUCGUUCGGGGCCGUGGCGCGAGUCGUCGGCCAAUUCGCGCCCACGAUGCUGUACGACCGGUCGGGGCUGGGGCGCAGUCAGGAUGGUCCGGAUCCGCCGCGCGCGACGACCGCCGCCCGGGAACUGCGUCGGCUGCAGGAGCGCGCCGGACUCGAGCCUCCGUUUCUCCUGGUGGCACAUUCGUACGGCGGCAUUGUCGCCCGCGAGUACCUGGAGCGGUACCCCGACGCGGUGGCCGGGCUGGUGCUGGUCGACGCGGCGACGGAGCAGCAGGUCGAGCUGAUCGACGACGAGCAUCGCCAGGCCAUCAACGCCGUCAUGGGGGACGUGAACUUCGCCCGGGUCAUCGGCUUGCGCGACGGGGCCCGUCUUUCCCGCGACGAAUGGCGCACGCGCGCGGCCGGCAUCGCUCGCGGCCUGUCGACGUGGCAGGAAGAGGCCGCCGCCGUGCAUGAGAUCUGCGAGACGCUGGGACGGAAAGACCAAUAUCGCCGGCACAUCCUGGGAAUGAAGCCGCUGGCCGUGGUACGAGCCCGCAGCUCGCUGGACUACGAACGCAUUUACGCGGCCGGGGUGGCGGCCGGCCACGGCACCGACGCUCAACGCACCACCUUUCGCCAAUUGCUGGAUCGCUGGGACUCGGUGGACGGGGCAAUGCAAAAGGCGCAGCUCCAACUGUCGUCGACCCAUCGUUUCAUCGACGUGCCGGACUGCGGUCAUCAUGUCCAUUUGAUCCGUCCUGAGUUGGUGGCAACGCAGGUGCAGUGGGUGCUAGACGGCAUUUUGUCCUCGAACCAGCCGCUGGAAAAGCUUUGAUGAGAGUUUGGGUUGCCAGGGAAGGGCCAGUUACAUGUAUGCAUGAACGGUGGUGAGCUUAAUGUUCCAUACAAGUAUUUAUUGCAAGUAGACGGGGUCCGCUGCGAGGAUAUAUAUAUCGAUAGGAUGAAGACGUACACAUACAUCCGCUCCACUAUGCAGCAAGAACAAGACCACAUCAC